AUGAUGACUUCGAUGUCAAGAUCGAAAAUAUUCAAUUUGAAAAAGACAAACAUAUUUUUAUCCAGAUACUCCACUCUUCAAACCUCCAAUGAACGACCAAAUCCUGAUAACGUAUUAGUAGAUAUUGCGAACUAUGUACAUAACAAAGAAAUCACGUCUCUCACAGCUUAUCAAACAGCAAAAUUAUGCUUUUUAGAUACAUUAGGAUGUGGAUUAGCCUCUUUAAAAUAUAAGCAAGUUCAAGAUAUAAUAAAACCAAUCGUACCACUAAAUAUUUCCCAAGGUGUGAAAAUUCUAGGCACUUCUCAUCAAUUUGAACCUAUCCACGCCGGGUUUGCCUUAGGAACAAUGUUUAGGUGGUUAGAUUUUAAUGACUGCUGGUUAGCAAAAGAGUGGGGACAUCCAUCGGAUAAUUUAGGUGCUAUAUUAGCUGUAACAGAUUUUCUUAAUAGAACAGAAAAUAGAAAAUUCAAAAUGCGAGAUGUCUUAGAAAACAUGAUUAAAGCUCACGAAAUUCAAGGUAUUUUUGCUCUAGAAAAUUCUUUCAACGAAGUGGGAUUGGAUCAUGUAAUACUUGUUAAAAUUGCCUCUAUUGCAGUUGUAGCUAAUUUGAUUGGUCUGAAUAUUCAACAAACAAUAGACGCCAUAUCUCAUGCAUUCGUAGAUGGUCACCCUUUGAGAACUUACAGACAUGCACCAAAUACAAAUUCAAGAAAGUCAUGGGCUGCAGGUGAUGCCAUCUCAAGAGCAAUUAAACUCGCAUUCAUGGUAAAGAAUUCAAAUAUUGGACCAAUGCAAUCCGUAUUGACUGCAAAAAAUUGGGGAUUCUAUGACGUUUUAUUCAACGGCAACCAAUUUAAAUUUAAUUUGAAAUUUAAUUCAUACGUGAUGGAAAAUAUCCUAUUUAAAAUCUCAUAUCCCGCUGAAUUCCAUGCCCAAACAGCAGUUGAAGCUGCAAUGAAGGCCCAUACGCUCUUGACUAAUUUAGGUAAGAGUUAUAAGGAUAUAAAAUCAGUUAGAAUCAGAACUCAAGAUGCUGCCAUGAGAAUAAUAGAUAAAUCUGGCCCGCUUUAUAAUUAUGCAGAUAGAGAUCACUGUAUUCAAUACAUGAUUGCUAUCCCAUUGAUAUAUGGAAGACUGACCGCUCAAGACUAUCAUGAUGAAGUUGCAUUGUCAAAUACGGAUAUCGACACUUUGCGUUCCAAGAUGUACUGUGUCAGAGACGACCAAUUUACAAAAGAUUAUCUUGACCCUCAAAAGAGAUCAAUUCCCAAUGCAUUGACGAUCGAACUCAAUGACGGUACCAUAUUGGAUGAAAUUGUCGUUGAGUAUCCAGUGGGCCACAAAUUCAGAAGAGAUGAGGGCAUUCCACUAUUACUCAAGAAAUUUGAAAACCACCUGAAAGAUCACUACCAAAAAGAACCUGCCCAUGUUGAGAACAUCUUAAAGAUUUCCUACUCAAAAAAAUUUGAGUCAGUACCCGUGCAUGAGUACUUGGAUCAAUUUUGGCUCAACAAAUAA